AUGAACCUGAAAACCGUGCUCAUCCUCCUUGGUCUGGCCUUAGCCACGAUAUUCGCUUUGGUCUGCGUGUUGCUGACCAGAGAAAGGAGCCCCAGAAGGUGCCAGCACCUGCCCCCGGAGCAGGAGGACGUCGAGGACAGCCAGAGCCUGGUCUUUGCUGACCUGACACCCGAGGAGAUGUCCCAGGUGGUGCGGUACCUGCAGGGACACCUGGGCGUGCCGCUGGUUGACGCGUCCCGCGCCAAACCCUCGGACAACUGCAUCGCCUCCGUGGAUCUGCAGGUCCCCGCCAAGGCAGAGGUGCUGCGGUUCCUGGACGGCGGCGGGGCUCGUCCCCGCCGAGAGGCGCUGGCUGUGCUGUACUUUGGGAGGCAGCCAGAGCCCAACAUCACCGAGUACGUGGUGGGGCCGCUGCCGGCGCCAGCGUACCACCGAGACGUGACGGUGCACAAGUACGGGGGGAAGGUGCCCUACCACCGCAGACCGACGCUGGCUGUUGAAUACAAGCAGGUUGGAGAGUUUCUAAAGAGCAGAGUGUUCCCCUCAGCUCCGGCUUUCAUGCAACAAGUAAUGGAGUAUGAUGGAGCCAAUCUUGCAGUCGUGACAGCUGCUCCCCGUGGAUUCCAGUCCGGCGAUCGGGUCACCUGGUUUGUCGUGUUUCAGAACGUGAGUGGGUUCUUUGUGCACCCGGUGGGGCUGGAGGUGCUGGUGGAUCACAGCAGCCUGGACAUGUCGCAGUGGGCGGUGAGCAGGGUCUUCUACAACGGGCAGUACUACAGGGACAUGGCUCAGCUGGAGAGCGCCUACGUGCAGGGUCGGAUCAGCGUGGAGAAGGUGAGCAAGGCAGCGUGGGAUGGGGACUUCUCGUCCAUGAAGCCUCGAGCGCCUCGGGCCGCGCAGUUCCCGGUGCAGUUUGAGCCGCAGGGUCCCCGCUACAGCGUCAGGAACAACCGGGUGCUGUUCCAGGCCUGGAGCUUUGCCUUUGGGAUGAGCGUGAGCACGGGCCUGCGGCUGUUUGACAUCCGACACAAGGGGGAGAGGGUUGCCUAUGAAAUCAGCGUGCAGGAGGCGCUGUCGGUGUACGGCUCCAACUGCCCGGGAGGGAUGUCCACGCGCUACAUGGACGGCAGCUUUGGCCUGGGGCGCUACGCCUCGCCCCUGGUGCCGGGGGUCGACUGCCCCUACCUGGCCACCUACGUGGACACACACUCUCUGUCGGACAGCCUGAGGCCCAGGAGGAACAAGGCUUCCCUCUGCAUCUUCGAGCACAACCUGGGCUCCCCUCUGAGGCGCCACUACUCCAACCUGCAGUCGCUCUACUACGGGGGGCUGGUCAACUCCGCUCUGGUCAUUCGCUCCAUUGCCACCGUGGGCAACUACGACUACGUGUGGGACUUCAUCUUCUACCAGAACGGGGCCAUUGAGGGCAAGGUGCAGGCCACGGGCUACCCAAGCUCAUCUUUUCUUCAUGGGGAUGGCCUGAGAUAUGGCAAUAGGCUUUGGGAGCACACCCUGGGUACCAUACACACACACUUUGUCAACUACAAGGUGGACUUGGACGUGGGAGAGCCUGAGCCCUGA